CUUCUCUCCACAUCGAUCUCAACGGCCCGACUACUUUGGAUCGGAACUUUGCACGCUUUCGAGAUGUCUCGCCCGCGGAUCAUCGUCCGUCCGCAUUCCAAGGGAUGGCCCCAUCUAAUACUCGGGUUAUUGGACUCCGCCGGGUAAAGGGGAAACAACAUGCGCGUAUGUAGCUGUAUAAGUGCGACUGGUCCAACGCGACCUCGGCUGGAUCUCACCAGCAGACGCGGCAUGAUGGUACCUGCAUCUUUUGGUCUCGCCUUCAUCCUUGGCGCAGCGACGCUGUGUCGUCCGGUCCUCGGUCAGCCAGACAGUGAAUUCCGAGAUCCUCGCGCCGAGUAUCGACCAAAGUUCCGCUAUUGGCUACCAGAUGCAAGUGUCUCGUCCGAUGUCGUAGCUCGGGACAUCCAUGAUGCGCAAGAGGCGGGUGCGGGUGGUCUGGAGCUGCUCCCCUUCUAUCUAUAUGGCCUGGGCGAGCAGUCUGUCCAACGGGCGAACCAGACUCCCAUUCCUGACUUACCUGACUGGUCCAAAUAUGGAUUCGGGACGCCCGCCUUCGUGUCGUUGUUCAAGGCUUCGCUCAAGGCGGCGCAGGACUCUGGCAUCCUGCUGGACUAUGCCGUGGGUGCCAACCAAGGCCAAGGUGUCCCGGCAGAACCUGGCACUCUGGGGCUCGCAGUGGAAUUGCUGAUGGGUAACACUACCAUCACUCCCCAAGGCGGCUUUUCAGCACCUGUUCCCCAAGCGCGACAGCCGUCCGCAACGAUGUUAAGUGGACUCGGGUUCCAGCAUCCGCUAGAGCAGUUUGGAACGCCAAACCUGACGGCAGUCAUUGCUUACCAGGUGCUGAGCGAGUCAGAUAGAGACAACAGAACCGGGGCGACAACGAUCCAUCUCAAUGAAAGCUCUUUCAUCGACCUGAUGCCAUUGGUCCAGGAUGGAUGGACGCUGGUGUGGACGCCGCCUGACCUCAGCAAGACGUGGAAGAUCUUCAGCUUUUGGGAGGCCUAUACGAACCAAAGAUCAUGCGAUGGGGGCGUCAACGCGACAACCUGGCUCGGUAAUGGGUCAUGGACGGUCGAUCAUUUCAGCAAAGCUGGCGCUGCUCGCAUUACCAAUUUCUGGGAUGAGUACAUCAUCGAUGACGAAGUGGCAGACUUGCUAAGAUCCGUCGGGAACUAUGCCUGGGAAGAUAGCAUGGAGAUACUGGCUUCACUUUACUGGACUCCAGACCUCCUCAACCGGUUCAAAGACACAUACGGCUACGAUCUUCUCCCGUACCUUCCGUUGCUUAUCAGCCCAACCAACACAUGGAACGGAUAUAUACCGGUAUACGAUGAGGUUUACGGGUUCGGCAAUGAAACCAACAUUGGUAACAGUGUCCACCAGCUCGACUAUCGCAGGGUGCUCAAUGAUGGGUAUCAAGACUAUCUGUCGCACUUCCAAGAAUGGUCGCAUUCAGUCGGAACGAAGUACAGCGCGCAGCCAGCGUAUAAUCUUCCCAUGCAGAUGCUUAGCGAUGUUCCUCUCAUUGAUGCGCCAGAAGGGGAGUCGCUCGGAUUUGCCCAGAACGUCGACGCUUAUCGACAGUUCUCCGGACCAGCUCAUCUCGCUAACCAGAGCGUCAUCUCGACCGAGCUGGGCGCUGUGAACAUUCCGCCAUAUGAACUAACUAUUCCGAGCCUGCUUCAACAAAUCAAGCGCUCAUUCUCAGGGGGAUUCACUAUGCACGUCAUCCAUGGCUUCCCGUCUUCUACUCCGUACCCCAAUACCACUUGGCCUGGUUAUACUACAUUUGGGUAUGAGUUCACUGAGAUGUGGAACCAAAUACAACCCGCUUGGCAGCACAUGCGAGACACUCUGGAUUUCGUGGGGAGGAAUCAGUGGGUACUGCGUCAGGGAAGCCCGAAGGUGGAUCUAGCUUUCUACCUCUAUGCUUCUCCUUGGUCACCACGGACGCAGUACAGCUCGACGAACCUAAGGGAUCUCGGCUACACUUACGAGUAUCUCGGCCCAGACAACCUCGCCUCUUCCGACGCUUUCGCAAAAAACGCCAUGCUGGGCGUCCCCCAAUAUGGGGCCUUGAUCAUCAAUAAUCAGACAGUCUCUAGCGUUGACGCCACAGAAUCUCUUAUCAAGAUGGCUUCCAACGGUCUCCCGAUCAUCUUUGUGGGCUCACCGCCCAGCCAAGCAUAUCCAACCAAUGCAUCCAGUCAGGAUGCGCUCCGCUCUACCAUGGCACGGCUGAUGUCUCAGAGCGGCGUCUACAGUACCCAGUCCGUCGACCAACUCCCGGCCAUACUUGCAGAGAAAGGCAUCAAACCUAGAGUGGCACUGAACUGCUCCUCGAACCCCGUCUACUCGGUCUGGCGCUCAACCGCUGAUAUCGACUACGUCUACAUAUUUAACGACCAGAGCAAGGAUGUGACAUGCGCUACGACCAUAACCGCAUCUGGCGUUGUACCGCACGUCCUGAACGCCUUCACGAGCUCUCAGACACCGCUGCUUCAGUACAGUUAUACCAACUCUACGCUUUCGGUCCCGCUUGCUCUUCGGUCGAAUGAGACCCUCAUCCUCGCGCUCCAACACUCUUCAACUGUACAUCAAUGCACCUUUCCCAGGUCAUCCGGUAGUCUCCACUCGCUGAAUGCAUCUUCAGAUGGGAUAGAAGCAGUGAUCACGGGGUCUACGACGCUCACUUCAUCUUCUGGAAAGACUUCAGAGUUUAACUCGUCGCUUCCCGCGCGUACGAAUCUCGCGUUUUGGGACUGGGUCAUUGAAGACUACCACUCGGCCCCUGAUCGCUACGCCAUCCAGACGGAGAUUACGAACCACACCUACCAGAACCUACCACUCGUACCAUGGAGCCAGUUUGAUGCCUCCAUAACCCCGGUUUCCGGCGUCGGGCACUACACCACGCGCUUCACAGUUCCCGCUUCUCCUACCAACUCGUCAAGCCUGGUCGGCAUCCUCAAGCUACCUCUUAUCCAGCAUACAGCGCGUGUAUUCCUUGAUAGCAAAUGGCUGGGUCCGAUCGACCCCGUCAACCCCGUCUUGACUAUUCCAGGACUGAAGAGUGGGCAGGAACAUGGGCUCAGGAUCGACAUCACGACGACGCUGUUCAAUCGGAUCAAAGCCGAGGCGAACCAGACGUGGGUUGUGGGAGGGGUCGCUGGUAUACGGCAGCCGAAGUAUAACACCAUGCCGUAUGAGGAGUACGGGUUGGUGGGGAGUGUUGUCAUUGAGUGGGGCGAGACUGUGAGCGUAGAAUGCUGAAAUAAAUCAUAUUCGGGAAGGCCCGCCGCUCAUUUACGUAGGGGAGCAUUCACUCAUUCUACCUACUCGAAUACUUUGCUACUUGCCAUAAACUUCG